CUGAGGCCCCGCGCGGCGGCCAGCCCUGCCGCCUACCUCUCCGGCUAACUGUGGUUGCAAACCGGCGCCUAACCGCGGCGACACCUAGUCGGGAGGCGGUUCGCUCUUCCCCGCCAAGGUUUUGGCCAAAUUGGGCGAGGGCACAAAAUAACCACUUACCCCUUCUCACCGAGGAAGAACGGGAGAAAGGGUAUGGCACAGUCACAAGGCUGGGUGAGAAGGUAUGCCAAAGCCUUCUGUAAGGGUUUUUUUGUGGCGGUGCCCGUGGCCGUGACUUUCUUGGACCGGGUGGCCUGUGUGGCAAGAGUGGAGGGAGCAUCAAUGCAGCCUUCUUUGAAUCCUGGGGGGAGUCAAUCAUCUGAUGUGGUGCUUUUGAACCACUGGAAAGUGAGGAAUUUUGAAGUACAACGUGGUGACAUUGUGUCAUUGGUACAACAAGAAGCUAGUGUGGAGGGGCCGAGAGCGACAUUCCAAGCGUCCAAGUCAAGAAAGCAGUUGAGUGGUUUCCUAAGGCAGGCCGGGGUCAGAACAGAAUUGGAGCCAGCACCCAACAGAAAGGCAGACAGUGCAGUGGAGAGCAGAAGCCCAGCAAGGGCUCUGAACAAGUUAAGGUCACCUAAAAACCCAGAACAGAAGAUCAUUAAAAGAGUGAUUGCUCUUGAAGGAGAUAUUGUAAAAACCAUCGGCCACAAAAACCGGUAUGUCAAAGUUCCCCGGGGUCACAUCUGGGUUGAAGGUGAUCAUCAUGGACACAGUUUUGACAGUAAUUCUUUUGGGCCGGUUUCCCUAGGACUUCUACAUGCCCAUGCUACACACAUCCUGUGGCCUCCAGAGCGCUGGCAGAAAUUGGAAUCUGCUCUUCCUCCAGAGCGCCUGCCAGUUCAGAGAGAAGAGGAAUGAUGGCAUGGAGCUCCCUCAGCUGCUGGCAUUGGGAGGCCCCCACCACCCAUUGCAGAAGGGGUGGAGAGGAGGAGCCUUUAGAAGGGCAAAAAAUGAUCCACAUUAAUAAAGAGUUUUAAAAUAUUACAUAGUAUUAAAUAGCAACUGAUUUUGUGUUUAAUUGUAAUACCCUAUUGUUUAAUGCCAAAAAAAUUGCAGACCUUUGGGAAUAUGAAAACUUUAUUCCCAUGUCUUACAGGGAAUUUGUUACAUAUACUUAUUCCAUCGAUUGUUGGUUUUUAGUGCUUGGCUGAAAGAGUAUGAAAAUUAACAUUUAAUGAAAAUAAUUCAGUAAUGUCAUUUACUCUUGAGAGAACAUGAAGAAACAUAGUGAUGGGAAUUAUAUUGCAAUUGACAGUAUAUACAAUGCAGUGACUCCUGGUUAGGAAGAACAGUACACUGUGAUGUAAAAAUAGUGAUUUGCUCAGGUACUGUUUUGGGUAUUUAUCCUUUAACCUGUACCUCCAUUAAUAAGGAAUAUUUUAUCUUUUUUUUAAGCAAGGAAUUAAACUAAGGAGAACCAGUUCCAUUAAUACUUCCAUACAAUUAAACCUUUCUUAUUAGCCCUUUUAAAUCAAAACUUCUGAGCUAUCUCUUGCCUGCCUGUUCACAUUGAUGAAUGAAACUAUUUAUCAGUAUUCAGUCACUAUUUGGUAAAAUGUUCCGAGUGAAAUGAAAAAAAGUCAGUCCUUGUUGACCAAGUUUGAUUCCCCCCCAAUGAUUUUCAGUGUUUACAUCUGUAAAUACUGAAAUCACCGAUUAUAAAGUGGGAUAAUCACAUAAUCCUGUAACUGCAGAGGAAAGGAGGUAAAUUCCUUCAUACAAGUCAAGUCUAUAUUUAUUCUUGCAAAUGUGGAUGCAAACUUCCUUAGUGGUCAGGAAUGCAAAAAGAGUAAAAAGCCAUAUGCAUAUUAACAGCAGCUGUUACUAAUAAUUAGCAUUAUAGUAGCUCAUUCAACAAAUAUCAGUGAGUACUUAUGUACUAAGGUUAUGUACAAUCAAAAGUAUUGUUUUUAAAAGCGGAUUGGCUUAAAAUCUUUUGUUGAACCCUUUUCAAUUCCAUUUCUCUCUAUUCCCCAACUUGUAUUUCAUGCUCUGGCCUUUAACUCCAGUUUACUGAAUACUCAUUACUAUUUCAAGGUUUAUAACUUUUGUCUCUAGGCAAACUGCAUCCUCUGAGAUUAUAUGUAAAAUACUGAGUGCAUAAGGGCAUUGACCCUUUAGUUGCUAGAAAAUAGUAAAUUCUGGGGCCCAUAGAAGUGGGGUUUGGAGGUGAUACUGAGGGCAGGCAGGGUAGAGCAAAUAGAGCAGUUCUGGGAAUAACUGCUAUUUCCUACCUGGUGAAGAAUUUGCUAUUUUAACAGUUCAGCACACUGGUUAUCCUCCUUGCCACCUCACUCACUACCUGUGUGAUUCCUAUUAAUUCAAGAUUGUAAAUCUUCAGAGAGAAGAUAAAAGCUCUUUGAUUUCAUAUUCUCUAGCCAUCUAACACAUCACCAGCAGAGGUAAUAUUGUCGAAUAACUCAGCUUAUAAGUUACCUCCUCAAAAAUGCAACUCUAGGCGAACUUAAUCACUGUGUUGUCCAGUAUAUACUUUCCUAAGUGUAUCAAUCACCUAUUAUUAACCAAUGGAGAAAGAAUUCUUCCCCAGCUACCACCCCCAGGACACAGCGAGAGGCAACAGACCCGAGAGCCCAAUCUUCCUAUGAAAAAGGCCUCUUAGCUUAUCUUCAAAUUAAACACACAUCUCAGGGCUGACUGAUCCUUUUCAGAGACCUCAGAGGGCAGGCAUUAUCUUUGUACCUUUGGCCGUGUUCCAAAGUGCCAGUACCUCCCAGACAGAAGCCUAUAUACAUGUCUGGUGCCUUUUUUUUUUUUUUUUUUUUUUGGUAGCUGCUGCCCAGGAGACACUUCUUGAUCACCUAGCUGUGGUAACAAUCUGAAAGAGUUCUUGUCUGGCUACACCCCUAGGACGCAACACAGGUAGCAGACUGAAACACACCACAUUCUUUUGUAAAAGAGGCCUAUUUGCUUGUCCUGCAGCUUUGGCCAGAGGGGCACACAGAUGGUCUGGUACAGAGCUAGGGUCCUAAAGAGGUAGGAAUGCCAGGGAUAGAGGUCAGUGCACACCAUCUUUGCACUCUCCCUCUGCCUCACUCCAGGGUUCCAGCAGCUCCCAGAAAGGAAAUUAUAUGUUUGGCUGCUGCUCCAUUUUUUUAUGACUGA